UGAGAGAGAGACACAGCAGCUCGGUCUUUCAGCUUGUGGUUUUUAUCAGUACUGUAAUUAAACAGUCAUGGCAGGUCACGGUAAACUGAUAGCAGUGCUGGGGGAUGAGGAUACCUGCACUGGGUUCCUGCUGGGAGGAGUGGGAGAACUGAACACACACCUCAAACCCAAUUUCCUGGUGGUGGAGAAGGACACCAGGCUCACAGAGAUAGAGGAGAUGUUUAAGAGUUUUCUGGCUCGCAGUGACAUCAGAAUCAUCUUCAUCAACCAGUUCAUCGCAGAGAUGAUCCGACACGUGAUCGACGCCCAUGUGCAGUCCAUCCCCGCCGUGCUGGAGAUCCCUUCUAAAGAACAUCCUUACGACGCCUCCAGAGACUCGGUCCUGCGCAGGGCUAAGGGCAUGUUCUCCACAGAGAAUUUCUAAUAAACAGCGGUGGACUGGUCAGGAUUCAGAGGGGCUAUCUAUCGUAAAAUACACACACUGAAACAGGAUAUACUGCAUAGUUAAAGCUGGACUGUGCAAUGAAUAUGUAGGAAAUAAAUGUAAGAGAAAAGUGUUAUAAAUAUAAAUAUAAAUGUGGAUGUUCAGAUGCAGAUUUCGUUACAUUUACUACAUCAAAAAAUGUUUAUUGCACUAAAAAUAAUGUAUAUCUCUUGUGAGAUUUUAAUAAAGGUUUCAAUCAUCAACGU